GAUCAAUACGAUUAGUUUCUUUAUAAAAUGGGUUUAUGUGAAACGAAAUACGCAGGUUUAACGGAAGAUGUUUUAGAGGACUAUGCAUCCUUGACUUAUCUGACCAAGGGAGAAAUUUUGCAUUUAAUGAAAAAGUUUUAUUCUAUCGAACCAGAGAAAGUGGCUGCGAAUUACUCUCACAGAAUAAAAAAAGAAGAUAUUAUUAAUAAGUUCGGUGUUUUGAAGAAUAAUCCGUUUCAAGAUCGUCUGUUUCGAGUGUUUUCUUCUAACAAUGACGAUUGCUUCUCUUUUGAGGAUUUACUUGAUCUGUGCUCUGCGAUGAGUCCUGAGUGUCCGACAGAAGUCAAAGCUGCAUGGGCUUUUAAAGUGUUUGAUAUUGAUGAAGAUAAUCAAAUAUCAGCAAAUGACAUUUGCAAUAUUUUGGACCGUUUGACAUGGGAUCCCUAUAAUCGUGCAAACUGUCUGGACAAAGAGUCUAAAUUAAAAAUCGCUAAAGUGAUAUUAGAAGAAAUUAAUCUUGAUAGAAGCGGUAGUAUCGGUCUGAAUGAAUUCAAACUAAUUAUUUUAAGAAUUCCUGAAUUUUCAUCAUCAUUUUAUUUCAAAUUAUAAUGGCACGAUAAUUAUAUCAAAAAAAUCUUUAUCGCCGUAAUAUUUAAUAUAUAUAAAAAAAACAUUAUUACUAAUAAUAUUAUUGACUUAAUUAUAAUAAGUGCUGGUUAUAUGGGAGAAUAAAAUCCAUGAAUAUAUGUAUUGAGAUAUUGACUCCAAGGCAUUGUCCAGAAUUGCCUUAUUAAUUAGAUAAUUGUUUAUCAUAAUACUUAAAUUUGAUUUUAAUUAGAACUUAAGAAUAUUAUGAGAGUGGUCUAAUGUCAUAGAACAUAACUGUCAUAAAAAUAAUAAUUCUCACAGGUUGUUUACUUAUAUACCUAUUAUAAAAAAAUAAAAAAAUACAAUUUUAAUAAAUUUGUAUUUUUAUAUCGAAUAAAUUAAAAUAAUACAAAUGGCUUCAAGAAAAUGUAUUCAUGUCU